AUGUUAAACGAUUCAACAUUGUCGACCAUUCUAUCUCGUAUUGAACAUUUAUUCGACGGUCAAUCAUCAACAACAUCAUCAUCAUCAUCAUCAUCGUCACAUAAACAAUCGCAAAGGAAUACUGAAAAUUUAUUUCCUAUUUCAACAUCAAAUGAUUAUCUUCCUGAUCUUUCUCUAAACGAUAGUAUUGUUGAUGAUCUAGAUCGUUAUUUAAGAACUGGCGAUGAACUUUCUAAUGCUAGUCAAACAUCUUCACCAUCUAUUCCAUUGACACAACAAACAUCAUGUCAAUUUAAAUUUAUAUUAAAUGCUCUAACCGCAUCAUCAGCGCGAAUCAAUGAAGAAACAACUACAUAUUUAAAUCAAGGUCAACCAUAUGAAAUCAGAUUUCGUGCUAAUAAUAUAUCAUCGUCAGAAAAAUUUUCUCCUACUAUUUAUCGUUCUAUUCUACGUUUAUGUUUUUGGGAUAAAACAUUUCAAAAUCAAGAACGUGAAUUAAUGCAAAAAUGGUUGAAUGAAUAUCAAUCGACAUCAUUAUUUGAUGUUGACAUGAAUUUAACUUAUGGAAUUUUAUCAAUUAUAAGUGCAAGACAAAUACCAAAUGCUAUUGAAAUUGUUUGGGAUCCAUCUACUACAACAUCAUUGUUUAUUCGUUUUAAAUGUACAUCAACAGAUUUUGCAAAUAAACGACACGGCGGAGAAAAGGGUAUACCAUUACGUAUACAAAUAGACACAUACCAUGAAAAUGAUGUUGAUGAUUUAAAACAUUUAUAUUCAUGUUGUUGUAAAAUUCAAUUGUUUCGUUUAAAAGGUGCACAACGAAAGAAUAAAGCAGAUAAAAUAAGAAUUGAAAAAUUAAAUCUUGAUCAACGUCGACAAUAUCAAACAACACUCGAAUAUACUAUAUUGCAAUCAUGUAUUAUUUCACCACUUUAUACACUUAAUCUUCUUAGUCUAUCGCAUUUACCUGAUGAUUUAUCAAAUGUCUAUACGCAAUCUUCAAUGACAACAGAAAAUAUAACAGUCGAAGAAACAGAUUUUGGUAAUAUAGAAGAAAAACGACACAACUCCAUAGGAUAUUUAUCGUCGUCUUUGCCAAAUUUAAAACAAACAUAUUUUGAUUCGCGAACUAAUGAAAAUCAAAUAGCAACUAAAAUAACUGUGCAAUCAUCAAGCGAAGAAGUUUCACAUUGGUUAAAUGAUAAUCAUUUUGUUGCGGUUGUAAAUCGAUUUCAAAACUAUAGAGGUAUAGAUCUGUUACGAUUGACUGCAGACGAUAUUCGUCGAAUAUGUAACGACGAUGAUUCUAUUAGUAUACGCCUUUAUAAUCAAUUAAAUGAAACUAUUGUAGCACCAUUAAAAACACUUUAUGUUAAAGUAAACAAUACUGAUCUAUAUUCGGCUAUUUAUUUGCAUACAUUAACUCGAGAUGAAUUCGAAAAGAAAUUAUUCAAAUUAAUUCAUCCAAAUCAACCAGAAACCUAUAAUUUAGUCCUUGAAUUAAAUAAAAUUAAAAUUAAAAUAGACACGGAUGAUGUUGUUAAAUAUUCGUUACCAGAUAACGGUCAAUUCGAUUUAAAAAAAUAUUCUUGUGAAAUUAUUCUUCAUUUGAUAAAUAAUUCUGCAUAG